AUGUCUAGCCAAACUGAAAGAACUUUCAUUGCAGUUAAACCAGAUGGUGUUCAGAGGGGUCUAGUGUCCCAGAUUUUAUCUCGUUUCGAAAAAAGAGGUUAUAAAUUAGUUGGUAUUAAGUUAGUUCAAGCUGAUGACAAAUUAUUGGAGCAACAUUAUGCAGAACACGUUGGUAAACCAUUCUUCCCAAAGAUGGUCUCUUUCAUGAAGUCUGGUCCUAUCUUGGCUACGGUCUGGGAGGGUAAGGAUGUGGUCAAGCAAGGAAGAAUUAUUCUUGGAGCCACUAAUCCGCUGGCCAGUGCACCAGGCACCAUUAGAGGGGACUUAGGUAUUGACCUAGGUAGAAAUGUUUGCCACGGUAGUGAUUCCGUCGAAAGUGCUGAACGUGAGAUUAAGUUAUGGUUCCAAAAGGAAGAUUUAAUUAGUUGGGAAUCUAACCAAGCUAAAUGGAUUUAUGAAUAA